UGUGCUCUGGUUGCUUGACGUGUAGGAAAAUCUCUUAGCUGAAUUAAGUACGAGUCAGAGCGUCACGCACCUCUUUUUUUAAAUCUUUCUUCAUUCAUUUUCCUCGUACCUUCCCUCGUGAAAACCCUAACGUUUCAGCUGCAGGUUGGGGUUGUCAAUUAUGAUGGUUCGCUGAACACAUUGGCACAAAAGUUGGUCAAACGGGUCCAUGCUUGAAGUACGUUCGCCAUUGACGUGAAGAAAUUAGGGUUCAUAGCUUCCGUCGGGGAUAUUAGGUUGAUUCAUUACUUUGUCGAUGGAGGUAGUCCGUUACUGCAACUGUGAUGGAUUCCGUAACGGCUCCGGUUUUUGUCGACUGUGCCGCAGCUCUGGGCAGGUUUCGAGCGGAGUGUCAACCCCUCGCAUUCCAGCAAUGUCAAGUGCUGAUGAAGGGGGAAUCGAAGACAGGGAGAAUGGGAUGUCUCACUAUAUUCCCAAAUUUAUUGUAGCGGUUCUCUCUGGAGCACUUACAGGACUUUUUGCCGUAGCUGGAGCCUUCACAGGAGCUGUCACUGGUGCAUUAGCAGGUCGAGCUUCAGACGGCGGUGUUCUUCGCGGAGCUGGACUGGGAGCUGUUGCUGGGGCUAUCCUCUCUGUGGAGGUUCUGGAAGCUUCCCGUGCUUACUGGUGUUCGGAGCAUUCUGUCUCUCGGAGCUCAUCAUCUAUGGCAGAUUUUGUUGAGGAACUUCUCCACGGGAGAUUUGUACAGGAACAAUUUGCUCCCACAAUGUAUACAGCCUACCGUUGGCAGGUGAGAAUUGCUAACAUCAGUUAUGAUGAGAUUUAUGAUAUAUAUAGCGACUUGCCCUCCAGAGGGUUGUCAGUGGAGUCAUUGGAAAAACUGCCAUGGCAUGUGCUCACAGAUGAAGAGAAGGAAAAAUAUGGUGAUACGUUCUGCUGCACAAUUUGUUUGCAGGAUGUUGAAGUAGGGGAGUCUGUUAGGAGCUUGCCACAGUGCCACCACACGUUUCACUUGGCAUGCGUAGACAGGUGGCUUCUCGGACAUGGUUCGUGCCCGGUUUGCAGACAGGAUGUGUUGUAAUCUCUAGUUUUAUGUAUAGAAAGGGUCAAUAGUGUUGGUCGUCCUCAUAACAGCAUUGGAAGCCUUCAUCCAAUGCUCUUCUAGUUUAUAUGUUUUAUUUCUCGGUUUAUACCGUUGUAGUAUAGGUUUGUGUGCAUGUAAUUAUGUAUAGGAAAGCGGUCCUCAUGACUUUAGUGUGGGGGGAGGAAUCAGCGUGCCACACCAAUGUUUGUGCAGAAAACGAUAUGAUCCACAUGUAGGACUCACGUGGUCAAAGCAGGAGGGAGAAAAUAAUAAAGAAUCCCUUAUGAGUGGGAAAUAAUACUCUCCCAUCGAGGCGGUGAUUCUUUACUCUUAUGUA